CAGAAUGUUUCCAAAAUUUCAGAAAGCAACAGAUAAAGAUGCGGACGUUUUUAAAAAAACGGACCCAAUUUUACUGCGUUUCGAAGCCACACAAGCAUGGCGAGGAAGAGCUCGAAAGUUCAGGCUCUCUACGAGCUCUGCCAAACGGUAUUCACGCCGUCAGGGUCUCCUCCCCCUUCUUCUCCGGCUAUCAAUAAGCUCCGUUCUGUCCUCGAUGCGAUGUCUCCUACUGAUGUUGGGCUUAAAGAGGAAAAUCAGGAUGAUGAUCGAGGGCUUGGUUUUGUUGGACUUGACCAACUAAAAAAAGUUUCUCGGUGUGCUCAACCAAUAACGUACUUGGAUAUGUAUGAAGGUGAUAGUUUUACGAUGUGUAUAUUCUGUUUUCCUACUUCCUCAGUCAUUCCGCUUCAUGACCAUCCUGGGAUGACUGUUUUUAGCAAAGUUCUUUAUGGCUCUUUGCACGUGAGAUCUUAUGAUUGGGUUGAGCCUGCCCAGGAGAUAAAGGGACCAAAUUACUUUCCAGUAAGAUUGGCGAAGCUGGCAGUUGACAAGGUUUUAACACCACCAUGUGGGACAUCAGUUUUGUAUCCAAGGAGUGGGGGCAAUCUGCAUAAUUUCACGGCAGUCACUCCUUGUGCUGUUCUUGACAUUCUCACUCCUCCUUACAGAGAAGAUGCAGGCAGAAAAUGUACCUACUACCGUGAUUACCCUUAUACUGCCUUAGCUACAGAAAACGGAAUUAAAUUAAAGGAUGGUAGAGAAGAGGAGUAUGCAUGGCUUGCUGAGACAGAACCACAUAAUCUUUAUAUGCGCUCGGGAAAUUACACAGGCCCGUCUAUUCAGAAAAGGCAUUCCAUUGCGGUUGGCCACAGAAGGCUAACAACGAGGUACCUAAGGCACCAAGAAGCGAAUUGAGAAAAGAGCGUGUUGUUAGACGAUGAUGUCAAGUUUAUUGAGUCAAGUCAUCCCGUAGUCCCCCUCCUUGCUUGCUUGUGUUAGCCUUCUUCAUUAACUAACUCGGCAAAGUUGUGAUUGUGAUGAUUGCAAUUUGCUACCGCAGUUAUUAUGAAUGCAUCAAAGGAUCUUGAUUAAUAUUAGUGAUUAGUGAAGCUCUCUUUGAGUU